CGAACACACCCAGAAUUUCAUCACAAUACCACCAAAUAUACUGUUAACUGUAUUAUGUAGAUCUAACCGUAUACCGUAAAAUUCUUUCAAUUUUUUUUAAUACGCUUUCACUGAACAAUUGGAGUUCUAUUGCAAUUACCGUGGAGCACUUUGACAUUUCAAUGACAGGUUGACGGCUUCGUGUGGUUUUGAUAUACAGUAAUUACACACUAAGUCACUAAUAUAAUUCCAUGUGUAGUCAUGGAGUUUCAACCCAUUAUCAUGGCUGCUGGACCAGGCAGCAGAAUGUCAGACCUAACAUCAAAAUGCCCGAAAGCAGCACUUCCCAUCGGAAAUCGGCCAAUGGUUUGGUACCCAAUAAAUAUGUUGGAGAGGGCAGGAUUUGAAGAGGCUAUGAUUGUGGUUGACAAUGAUGACCAGACAGAGAUACAGAGAGCAUUGACGGAAUCGUGCUCAAUCAAGCUUCACCUGGACUAUGUCACUGUGUCCAAUAACGAGGUCGGAACGGCAGAUGUCCUCAGAGAAAUAAGAAAGAAAAUCAAGACAGAUAUACUGAUCAUCAGCUGUGACUUAAUUACUGACAUCUCCCUCCAUAAUAUCGCCAACCUCCACCGUACCCACGAUGCAUCAUUGACCAUGCUCCUAUCACCACUACCAGUGCAGUUUUAUGAGGCUGUUGCUCCUGGGGUCAAAUCAAGAAAACAACUGGAAAAAGACUUUUUUGGAUUUGAUGAAAAAGGUGAAAGAAUAUUAUUCACACAGUCGGAGGCUGAUGUUGAUGAAACUAUAAGUGUGAAAAAGUCGGUCUUAAAAAAGCAUCCAUACAUGUGUAUAAAGUCUGGCCUGACAGAUUGUCACCUAUAUUUAAUGAAGAAAUGGAUUGUGGACUACCUAGUAGAAAAUGAAUCACUAUCCUACAUAAGAACUGAAUUGGUUCCUCAUCUAGUCAGAAAACAAUUCACUAAGAUGAAAGUCAAGGACAAAUUACCACAGGCUAAUCUGUCGGUGAUCUCAGAGGCACAGAAAAUGGACAUAUUAAAGUUUUCUUCGGAGGAAGAGUAUGCCACUGAUAUCCGAGACAUGUCGUCAUGGAACGAUCACCGUGGAGACAUGGCAGACUGUUACCAUGGAGACAAAAUCCGUUGUUAUGCCUACAUUCAAGAUGGAGGUUUAUGUACACGAGUGAACACUAUAGCAUCAUACAGUGAAGCUAAUCGCCAGUGUAGAUUCAGUUGUGUUCCAUGCUCCCGUCCACUGGAUAAAGAUAGGCCACUAUUGGGGUAUAAGGUGGCAGUUUCCUGUGAAAUUCGACCACUGGAUAAAGAUAGGCCACUAUUGGGGUAUAAGGUGGCAGUUUCCUGUGAAAUUCGACCACUGGAUAAAGAUAGGCCACUAUUGGGGUAUAAGGUGGCAGUUUCCUGUGAAGUUCGACCACUGGAUAAAGAUAGGCCACUAUUGGGGUAUUAGGUGGCAGUUUCCUGUGAAAUUCGUUAAAAAUCCUUUCAUCAAGAAGGCUAUAAAAUCAGGGGAAAGAAUAUUAAGAAUCUAUGGGUGCAAAUUUUCCAGAAACUAGUGAUCUAAAGAUUAUCCAUAGAAAUCUGUUGAAAUAGCUCUAACCGCAACAAGAUAACCGGUUUGUCUAAGUAAUGUGUAAGCAUUUAAAGACAUGCAAUGCAUAUGUUUGUGGUGUGCGAAUGGGAGAUCUUGGCUUAUUGCUGGACCAAUAUCAGUAUUCCAAACUUAACAUCUGUAUCAGCAAGAUGACUUCUAGCCCAUGGAAUCUGUAGUAGUUAGGUAUGAGGGUGUUUUAUGUUUU